GCUGGAUGUAGUUGUUCUCCUCCAGGAUGGGAUUCUGCACCCCUGCCUAUUUCGGCACUUUGGGAAUAUUGUACUUGGUGACUCUGGGUAACCUGGCGGAGACUUCAUCCGAGUUUUCAGGUUAUAUUUCUAAAAUACUGAGGAAUUAUACGUUACGGGCCUGUGAUGGAGAAUAUGUUUCACUGCGAUGUCCUCACAAAACCACCAUCAGCAUCCAGUCGACCUUCUAUGGACGGAACCUGCCUAGUCAUCAGAUGUGCCCGACUCGCCACACACAGCCGUAUCCUACCUUUGUGAAAGAAGACGUGUCCUGCUCCACCGACACUUCACUUCAGAAAGUGCUGGACGAGUGCCAGGACCGGAGGAAUUGCCAGCUGCUUGUCAAUAGUCGUUUGUUUGGGUUGGAUCCAUGUCCAGGGACCAGCAAGUAUUUGGUUGUACGAUACAAAUGCAGGCCAAAUGAAUAUAAGAGUAAGGUGGCCUGUGAGGAUGACCGCCUGAAGCUGACCUGUAAGAGACACACAGUCAUCGCCAUCUACUCCGCUACAUUCGGGAGACUUCAGGGUGGUGGCCUGGAGUGUCCAUUCCAGAACCAGGACAUGCCUAUGAUAGAGUGCCAGUCAUCCUCCGCCCUGUCGCUCAUGACCAAGCGCUGCCAGGGCAGACGCACUUGUAGUGUCUACGCCAGCACUUAUGAAUUCGGAGACCCGUGUUAUCCAGGGAUCCGCAAACACCUCAAUGUCAUCUACACAUGUGUACCACAGAAACUGCUGCUUGAAACCCAGCCAAAAUCAACGAAUUACCACAGGGUACGGCAAACACACUACACCCGACUGCCAGGGGCGUACGACCGUGACGUGAUUGGGGAUGGGGUCCUCUUCCCUGAUCCUGCAUUCAUAACAGAACAAGUUCUGCCAGACACCAAGAAAGGACCGGCAGCCGCCUUUUACCCCAUAGAUAAUAACCUCUCUAUGGGAACAAUAGAUCCUCCUGUCUCCAAUCAAACCAUGGCACCCGUGGGGCAGAGCAGUUCUGAGAUGGCAUUGAUCAGCAACGUCUUGGCGGCGUAUUCUUUUAUUACAGAAAAUCCGGAGAGGGCGGCUUUGUAUUUCGUAUCUGGAGUGUGCAUCGGCCUAAUUCUGACACUUCUGGCAUUAGUAAUGAGGAUAUCCUGUCAGACGGACUGUAAGAGGUCCACGGUGAAGAAGAACCCCAGGAAACAGGAGAGUGACAGUGACAGCAGCGACAGUGAUGACGACUCGGACACCACCUCCGAUCUGUCUGCCAGGCGGCACAGGCGCUUCGAGAGGACUUUAAAUAUGAACGUUUUUACUUCUGCAGAAGAACUUGAGAGAGCACAGAGGCUCGAAGAAAGGGAACGUAUUAUUCGAGAGAUCUGGAUGAAUGGACAACCGGACAUCCCCGGAACAAGGAGCCUUAACCGUUACUAUUAGGAAUUCUUCUCUUCUCUGAAUAAACUGGGAUCAACAAUGGGGAAAUUUUCUGACAGGAAAUGCGGAGGAAGCGAUUAUUUAUGGAUGCAAGCUGAGUGCUUCCUCAGUGUUCAGGUCCUUGGAACAACAAAAACAUGACAAUUAUUCCGGUUUCUCCAAGAGGACCAUUGAUAGACGACCCCGAUCGGUAUUCAUCUUGCCAGAGAGGACAAUUGACUGGAGACUGCUGGCAAUGUGACCGUAUUCAUUGUGAUCCACUAGUGAUGUUGUCUGAGGCUGGUCCUUGAUGACUCUCCAUGUUCUCCAUUAUAUAACCAGCAUGGACAAUGGGACUAUACAAUACAGGACUUUCCUACAAGUAUUUUGGGCAUUUCUUCUUUUCAUAAGAGCAAGCAGAAGGACAAUUUGUUUCUGGAAGACAUAAAACCCUCUUGGUGAUUGUACAGGAUGUUAUAUUUAAUAGAUGUUAUAAAAUCUUCCCGUUUUGGCAGCAUUUAGAACUGACACCUCAGGGACGAAGUACUAUUGUAUUUUCGUAAGCUUUCGUGGUCAGUGUAUAUGGUGUUCCUGGCAGAACUGGAUUUACAAUUUUAGGAGCUUUUAGAUAUUUAUUGGUAUGGUUGUAGUUGGUGUUGGCAUUUAGUAACUCGAAAUAUGGCUGGCCAUACAUAUUAUAUAUAAGUGGACAGAGCUUGCUGAUAUUAAUGGGACCGGCCAACAAACUAAUGGAUAUGGCCAUCUCCGAACUGCAGAUGUCUGGGGAGAGAACAGCUAGGCGACUUGGUACUUAAAUGAAGCGAGUACUUUGUUGGCCAUCUCUGAGCCAUCUCUUUAGGUGCUGACAUUGACUUUACACAUGAGGGAAACCUCUAUCUCCGACCUUUGGGACCCCUACUAAAGUGGAAGCCCUUUUGUUCAUCGCAGUUACCAUGACUACAAGGAACUACACAAAACCUCCAUCCAACUGUUGCUGACUCUACUCUACGCAGGGUCUGUCAGGUGCAUGUGGGUCCUUAGGUGACAGUGUUAAAGAGGUACUCCACUGCUCCAGCAUUCAAAACAUUUU